AUGCCCUGGUCAACUCCCACCCCCAUCCUCCUCCACCACCGUAACCCUCCUUUCCCCUCCCUACACAUCCAACACUCAGUAUGUCAACAUACCACACAUCUAACCUCUUCCCAAAUCAAAUUCCUAAAACUUCCCAAGGCCCUAUUAUCCUCCCGACUAAUUCUUCAUACGGUUUCAAAGUGUAAUGAAUGUUCCGGAAAGGAGUUGGAGGAGGAAGGGUAUGAUGUUGAAUAUAAAACCUGUGUUAAUAGUGGUAGUAGCCGUGAAAUCGAUAAAAAGGGAAAAGAAGGGAAGAAGUGUGAGGGGAAGGUUUUGAAGGGUGCUACUAUGAGGGGCGAAGGUGGGAGAUGUUGUGUUUGUGUGUUUAAGGGGAAGGUGGAGGAGUUUAUGGCGGGUGAGGAGUAUCGGGAUAUGGUGAAGUUGUGA